GAGAACCCUAUCCAUUUCCUCUUCUCUCGCCUCUGUGCGCCUCUCUCCCGUACGCCGAGCCACCGCGCCGCAUCGGACACCGGCGACGGCGACGAGUUCCACCGCUGCGCGCUGGCCUCUUUCCCUUCCUUUCCUCCCUCCAUUUCUCCCUUCCGCAACGAACCUCGUGUGGCAGAGAGAGAGAGAGGGACGCGAUUGCGCCCUCCUCUGCUCCCCUUUGCGCUCGACGGCGCCCUUCUCUGGUGGAGUAGCGGCGAGGCACGGUUGCGCCGGUCGCCGGCGUCGGCAGCAAACCACCGCGCCACGCGAGCGACCUCCCCUUUCCUUUUCUUCCUUCUUUUUCUGUGGCAAAGAGAACGAGAGGAGAGUGUCGCGGCGCCGCUGCGCCCCCUCUGCCCCCCUUCCCAUCCGCGUCGUUGCCAUCCCCUUCGCCGGUUGCGUCUAAGCCUCGCGGUGAGCGCGCCGCCGUCGAACGGUUUGGCCGCGGUGCCCCCUUUUCCUUUUUUUAUUCUUCUUCUUCCGACGCCUCGGCUUACUGAUGCGCGUCCGGAUCGAGAGGAACGGCGCGUCCUUGUGGCGGCGCUCUUUGUCGGCGAGCUCAAGGCCCUGCCCGGUGAGUUUCUUUGCCCUGUCUAGAGUUCUUGGGGGGAAAGGAGGAUCUUUCUUUCUCUGUAUAUGCUUUGUACCGAAUAUCUUAGCCUAACAUGCUCUGAAACCAUUGAUAGAUGUUGUGAAUCAUUAGGCUAGAUUAGAUCGGUGGUCCUACCUUCUCCUUUUGGCUCGAGGAGCUCCCGGUGCCGGCCAUGGUGACGGUGGCCGGUGAUGGCAGAGAGUUGAUCGUGGGUGAAGUGGUGGGAGUACGGCGUUGCGACGAACCUCGUGAUGCGAGCCGCCGGCCCCCACCUCUUUAUAUAGUGCAGGUGACAGGGGCCCGUCACCCAUAAUGGGUUGAGCACCCCCGAUCAGGGCGCGGAUCUAAGGGCCCGGUGGGCCGUUGGGCCCACACGGUGAAGAUCAUCCUAACACAUCCUGCUUCGAUAGUAAAUAAAAUUAUUUUGGCCUAACCCAUGCUGCAACGACUAUUCCUUCAAAUUUUGAAUAGUGAUUGAGUCUUCAAGGCAUGGCUGGGUUGCAGGUUGAUAGAAAGAUUCUUUAUGCACAAUGAUUCUAACCAUCCUACCUCAAAAAAAAAAAUGAUUCAAACCAUCCACAACUUCCCCUCAAUAUAAACAUUUAAUUAGACAUGAGAACAAUGAACUAUCAAAUAAGUAACUGAAUAUUUUAUAGGUUUCAACAUUAACAGAUAUUCUAAAACAUUCACCGACAUAGUUCAUAAUUCAUUUCAACACAUAAUAAACACCUACCCUUGAGGCAUAUCGAAAGAUGGCCUAACAGGUAACUAACUGAAAAUUUUAUACAGAGAGUCCAUGACAUGUAAGACGAGGAGUCGACGGCGACAGAGAAUACAAAUACCUUCGUCGUGCGCGCAGUUAUCUGGUCGAGUGAUCGCUCCUUGUUUUGUCACACUCAUCUGCCAACACAAAUCGUUUGGCUCUCCGGCAGGGUGAUCACGGCGCCGCCGCCAAACCCCAGCGUCACCUAUGGGAAAAGAUUCGCCCAUGCCUUGGUCUCGCCGGCCACGUCGUAGCACAGAUCCACUAGCUUCUCCGGCGACUGCUUCCGCGGGAGCUUGAUGCUCCGGGCGACCUCCGCCACGACCUGGUCCAGCAGCCCCUUGUCGAGGUACAUCAGCACCGGGACGGAGUCGCCGAUGACAGGGGACCGCUUCGGUGGCACGACGGUCGAGUUCCCGAUCUUGACUGACGCGAGCAGGAUCGUGUAGAAAGCGUCCGGCGCGGAGGGGAUCAGCGGCGUGGUCACCACGCCCGGCUCCGUCACGGCGUCAUUUAAAAAAAAUACUCGCUAGUUUCAUAAUAUUGUGCAUAUAGAUUUUUAAAAAGUCAGACAUCAUAAACUUUGAUCGAAUUUAUGGAAAAAACAUUCAUCUAGAACGCCAAACUUAUAUCAUUAGAACUUUCAUACAUACUUUAUAUGUUUGAUAUUAUAGCUAUAAAUAGUAUUUUGGAAUGGAGGGAGUAUCUCUAAAAACUUAUAUCAUCAUAAACUAUAUUUUAGAAUGAAGGGAGUGUCUUUAAAAACUUGGUCGAAUUUCAUAGUACUCCCUCCAUUUCAAAAUAUAGUGCGCUCGCGCUUCCCGAGGUCGAACUUUGAUCAUAAAUUUAACGAAUGAGACCGACUACGGCGGGAGAAAAAGUUACAUAAUUAAAAACUUCUUUCGAAUACGAAUUCAUUGAUAUAAUUUUUGCUCUUGCCGCAAUCGAUCUUGAUAGUUAAAUUUACGGUCAAAGUUGAAGCACGAGGAUACAACACUAUAUUGUUGUGGAAUGGAGGGAGUAGUGCCUAUCGACUCGACUGCCGUGAGAGCGCAGUCAUGCCGUCGGUCAAUUGCUCGGUGUUUUGUCUCCGCGGUCACACUCACCUGCCAACACAGAUCGUUUCGCUCUGCGCACACGCCAUGCCCAUGCGCGCGCUCUCUCUUCCUCUCCCGUCCCGUCACCUCAAUCCAAUCCGCGGGCCGGCUCUUGCUAUUCUUCUUCCCCUUUCAAAUACUCUACUCCACAGCACACGCUCGGUGUCAAGCACUCAAGCCUAUUCAUUUCUCCUCGGUCCUCGCCACCACACAAGUGAGUGAGGGAAGAGCUAGAUACCACCGUCGCCGCCCGCCCAGCACCAGGAUGGCGACCACCACGACCACCGCGCUGAGCAUGAAGCUCCUGGUGGACACCCAGGCCCGGCGCGUGCUGUUCGCGGAGGCGAGCAAGGACGUGGUGGACUUCCUCUUCUCCCUCCUCGCGCUGCCCGUCGGCACCGCCGUCAAGCUGCUCGGGAAGGAGGCCAUGGUCGGCUGCGUCGGCAGCCUCUACGGCAGCGUGGAGAAGCUCGACGGCACCUACGUCCAGCCCGGCGCCGCCAAGGACGCGCUGCUCCACCCCGCCGUCCUCUCGCCGUCGGCCAGCAGCAAAAGCUCCCUCCUGGGCAUGCCGCCGCCGCCGUGCCCACAGGCGAAGGCGUUCUACAGAUGCAGCAGGCAGUGCAACUGCUACAGCGACGGAUAUGACGGCAGCAGCAGCCAGCAGGCUAGAUGCAACAGCUGCCGGACUUACAUGACGGAGAGUUACGGCACCUACUGUCCAUCGUGUAAGAACCAGAUGACCACGGCCUUCACGGUCGUGCCGUCGGCCGCGUCCGGAGGCGAGGUGGCGCAGGCGGCGGGCGGCGUCAGCGGGAAGGGGUUCGUGCAGGGCAUCGUGACGUACACGGUGAUGGACGACCUCACGGUGACGCCCAUGUCCUCCAUCUCCAGCAUCACCCUGCUCAACACCUUCGCCGUCAGCGACCUCAGCGCGCUCCAGGAGAAGACCGUGCAGCUCGGCUAUGACCAGGGUCUGGAGAUCCUCAAGGCGUCGCUGCAGUCCAAGACCGUGCUCACCGACGUUUUCCUGAAGCCCCCCAGCAGCGCUUGAAACGCACGGUCCUGCGCCUAACAUGCUCAUCGACAUGGGAAAGUAGCUCGAUGUGUCUAGCUAAAUUAGGUUGAUCUUUUGUGCGGCCAUCAGAACUAUCUAACGGUGGCAUCUUUUGGUAAUGUCAAGUGUCCGAUGGUACUAUGGUAGUAGUUAGAUGCUCGUAGUCCAGCUUAAGUUAUCAGUUGCUCCAGGUUGUACUAGUACUUAUGUGUUGAUGCUUGAUGUAUGCGUUUGCAUCGCAGGUAGGGGUAUCAUCUUCUGUUGGUUCUCAAAA